AUGGGUGAUGUAGCUUCGGGGAUGGGCAGCUGUGUUGCCCAAACCUAUCUAAAAGAUACAUUGGAAACUUUCUUCUCUCCUUUCGUCACGGUUCGCCUCACUGCGUUAUCUGUUGUAGCGACCAUAUUGCGUCAAGGUUUGAUUCAUCCUGUGCAAACCGUGCCGUAUCUGAUCGCUAUGCAAACUGAUCUCGAUUCUAAUGUCCGUGUGAAAGCGGAUGCACAAUUGCAAGAGAUUGAUCAUAAGUUUCCUGGCUUCAUCAGUAUGCGUGCGAUCCAAGGUGUGAAUUACUCCUACCGACUUCAGUAUAUCCUGCAUCCGGAGACCUUGGAAGUGGUUUGCCAAAAGGCAAAAUCAGUCACCGUCGGAUCACAGUCUAUGCAGUCACCUGAUUCAACUAAUAAAUCCCUCGCUUCGUCUCAGUCCACACGACGCAGCGCUCGCAACAAAACGGCUAGUGACUCAGAUACGAUCGAUUCUAACUGUGUUGAACAGCCCCGAGUUUCCAAGCCGAGCAGCGAACAAACUACCUCUAAUCCAGACUCUUUGGAAAGUCUGUUCGAAACGAUCCGCGGUACGCGCGAUCCACUGAGUGAUAUUCCAGCAGCACUCAAUUCCAACCUUUACGCUAUGUUACGGGGAAACCGAGGUCAACGUCGGUCCCUAUUGAGUGGGUUGAUUGCUCUGUUCGAUGAGUCUCAGACUAGUGGAACUCGGGUUAUGCUGAGCCAACUUAUUUAUGUUGCCGAUAAUCUGGCACACUUUCCUUACCAAUGCCAAGAAGAGCCUUUAUUUGUUGUGCAUCAUAUUGAUCUCAUGGUCAGUAUGUCCGGUUCAGGUGUGCUCCAGAGUGUUCGGGAAGCUUUGUUCCCCGAGUUAAAAGCCGCAUUAGAAGAAGCGUUGGCCGCUCAAGCAGAGGCUGAGGCCAAAAAUCGCGCCCAAACAGAAAUGCAGCUGCGAGCUGAACUACACAUGCAACAAGUCGCGUCAGCAGAAGCGAUUGCGCGUGGGGAUCACGCUACCGCUGAGCACUACGCUGAACAGAUUCAGGAAACAUUGCAAAAAUUGAACAACUUAGCUACAUUGAAUCCCGCAGCCGCUACCGGAAUUACCAGCAGCAUGAAUGAGUUACGCUCAGCCGCCCUUGUCGGUCGCGAUUCCAUGCCUCACGUCGAUCUUGGUCCGCUAGAAGAAGAAGAAGAGGAUGCUAAUGCCAUGUUGAUGCGACUGGCAGACUCACGAAGCACUGCUUUACCUAUCGUUCGUGAUGCCAUCCGAGCCAGUCGGGCCUGUGUACUUCUGUUGACUUUGAAACAGUAUUUGAAAGAAGUAUACAGUAUAACAGACAGUAAAAUUCAGCGGUACUCACCCACAGACAGUCCAAAGCUCUGGGAAAGACCACUCACGCGAAGAGCGGGGAUACGGUUCAACCCAGGCCCAUGUUUACAAGCUGCAGCAGCAGAAGUACACAAACUGCGAUCUAAUGCUUCCAAACUGGCAGAACGUAAAGAGUCAGAAGGCAAGGAGAUUGCUCCAACUGCUUGGCCACCGGUUCUAGACGAUAUUGAUGAGCCUGGUGCGGAGGAGCGCUUUGAUGGUGAGAUGCAAUCCCUCGUUCAUGAUUAUCUUGAGUUCCGGAAACUCAUACUCACCAUUGACCCACCUGGCGAGGAUGACAUAGACGAUUUGAACACGUCUUUAACCACUCCUGCCCCCGCACAAACUACGGUGGGCGCUUCCACUCAACCUGUGAUCGAUCAACAAGCAACUACCCAGCCUCUGCAAUCUGCUGCCUCAUCGCGAUUCCGACCCAGUAGAACCCUUGUUCCCCAGUCUCACAAAUCAUCGGAUGAGGAAAACGACUCAGAUGAUUCAAACGCUGGUGGAGCAUCACGCCUUAUGUUGGCCCAAUCUGCACCAGCGAAAAAGCGCAAACCAACCACCAGUCUUCGUACGCCAGGCCGAGCUAUGAAUAGUCGCCCGGUUCGACAAAAACGUAAACGGCGACGGCGCUGGACGGCCCAUGGUAGCUCCAGUGGGGAAGAAAGCGAAUCUGGUGCAGAGACAGAAGUGUCUGACCCGGACUAUUGA